AUAGGUUCUAAACAACAUGGCAGUUAGUCACGCUGUGUUUUCUGCAGCUUUCCUAGGUAUUGGAUUGCUAUUAUCUGUAGUCGAAGGAGAUGGGUCAUGUAAUGUGGUAGCAUCAAGCAGAAUCGAUUGCUAUCCAGGACCUGGUUCAAGUCAAGGGGGUUGUUUGGCAAAAGGUUGCUGUUGGGUGCCAGCAGGAGAAGGCUCAUCUAUUCCCUGGUGCUUCAAAAAAUCUGGAGAUUCCUCCGCUACACUACCACCAAAAAUUUCCAAUCCAAAAUGCCACAAUAUAGACGAUUCAAUCAAAACAGAUUGUUUUCCUGAAUUAGGCGCAUCCGAGUCGAGCUGUCAAAGUCGAAACUGCUGUUGGCAACCUUCAAGUACCCAAGGAACACCCUGGUGCUUCUUUCCAGGAAAUGACAAUAUAGGAUACAAAGUAGACAAGAUAGCAAAAGAUGGCUCAAUGGCAACAUUGUCACAAAUAAAUGACACUCAUUGGCCAAAUGAUGUUAAAUCUUUAAAACUCAAUGUCUUUAAAGAGACCUCGGAGCGUCUGCAUUUUAAGAUAGUAGAUGCAUUUAAUACAAGAUUUGAAGUACCAAUUAAAACACCACCUACUUCUAAUGACGGAGAAGCUAAUGCUAAUUAUGGAGUCACAAUUGAUCAAACUUCUGGUGGAAUCACUGUUACAAGGAAGUCUACGGGGACAAAACUAUUCGACUCUACUGUCUCACCAAUGAUAUAUGCAGAUCAAUAUAUUCAAAUUACAACGUCCUUGCCCACAACACAUAUCUACGGGUUGGGCGAACAUCGUGGACCAAUAUUACAAGAUGCUACCUCUCACAUUGUAAAAGGGUUCUGGGCACGUGAUCAACCGCCAUAUGAACACGUCAAUCUUUAUGGUUCACAUCCGCUGUAUCUGGGAAUUGAGGCAGAUGGAAACGCUUUUGGUGUUUACCUGCUGAACGCUAAUGCAAUGGAAAUAGUAAUAAAUCCAGGCACUCCACCAACUCUUACCUACAGAACAAUUGGUGGUAUCUUGGACUUCUAUGUAUUUACUGGGCCAACACCUAAUGACGUUAUUAGACAAUAUACUGAUGUCAUUGGGAAACCAAUGCUUCCACCUUACUGGUCGUUAGGCUACCAUAACUGCCGAUGGGGUUGGGGAGGUAGUUCUGGUUUGAGAGAAGUCAUUAAGAGAUUGAGAGACAAUGGCGUUCCAUUUGAUACCACUUGGGCAGAUAUCGACUAUAUGGAUGAACACAGAGAUUGGACUGUCGGAAAUGCUUUCUCUGAAUUACCAGAUAUUGUGAAAGACUUGCAUGAUCAUGGUCAGAAGUUUGUACCAAUCGUGGAUCCAGCUAUCAGUAAUAAAGCAGGUUAUAUAGACUAUGAAGAGGGUAUAGCUGAUGACAUCUUUAUUAAGAAUCAGGAUGAUAGUGUUUUAAUUGGCAAGGUUUGGCCUGGUGAUACAGCUUUUCCAGAUUUUACACAUCCAAAAGCGUAUGACUGGUGGUACAAGUCUGCAAGUAGAUUUCAUGCGAAGGUUCCCUUUGAUGGCAUUUGGAUUGAUAUGAACGAACCAGCGAAUUUCGUGGCCGGGUCAAAUGCUGGUUGUUCAACGAGCAGCCUAGAUAAACCUCCUUUUACUCCUUCCAUCGGUGGCAGAAAUAUCUUGGAAAAAACAUUAUGCGGAUCGGCCAAACAGCACCUUGGCACGCAUUAUAAUCUUCACAAUAUGUACGGCCAUUUUGAAGGAAUUGCAACUAACAAGGUAUUGACAAAGCUGUUGAACAAAAGGCCAUUUGUGCUAUCAAGAUCGACGUUUCCAAGCAGUGGACAGUAUGUAGCUCACUGGGAAGGUGAUAACAACGCAGAUUGGCACAGUUUACAGUUAUCUAUACCAGAAAUCUUAAACUUUAAUAUGUUUGGAAUUCCAUUUGUGGGGGCCGAUAUUUGCGGUUUCCAAGGACGAACAACUGACGAACUAUGUACGAGAUGGAUGCAGCUCGGAACAUUUUACCCUUUCAUGAGGAACCAUAGAGAUAUCCGUGGUCCACAUCAAGACCCCAUGUCACCUGAAUUUAGUAGUACAACUCAUGCAAAUUUGAAGAAGACACUGCUAGUGAGAUAUCAUAUGCUUCCAUUUUUCUACACAGCAUUUUAUGAAAGCCAUAUGACCGGACAUGGUGUUGUCAGGCCCCUAUUCUUCAAGUACCCGACAGAUUCAAAUACACUAGCUAUAGAUGAUCAAUUUAUGUGGACUGAUAGUCUUUUGGUAUCCCCCGUUACACAUCAGGGUAAAACGACUGUUGAAGCAUACAUGCCAGCUGAUCGAUGGUUUGAUUUGUAUAGUGGUAAAGAAACAGUUGGUACUGGCGCAAAGGUGGUACUUCAAGCACCUAUGGAUACAAUUAAUGUUCAUAUUAGAGGUGGUUCAAUUAUUCCAAUGCAGACACCUGAUGUUACUACUACGAAAAGCCGGGUUAAUGAUUUUGGUUUAGCUGUUGCUCCAUCUUCUUCAAAUGUUGCUUCAGGACGGCUUUAUUGGGAUGACGGUGACGCCUUAGAUGCCUUAUCUGGAAGUAAAUAUAACCUUAUAGAUUUCAAAUUAGCCGGAAAUAAAUUAACAUUUACUGUAACGAAGUCAGGAUAUGUAACUAAGAUGACUUUAGGAGCAUUAUCUAUUAAUGGAGUAGCAUCCAACCCAACCAAAAUCAUGUUAGAUGGCACACGUGUUCCGCAUGCUUAUGAUUCUGUCAAUAAGGUUGUGAGGCUAGAAAGACUAUCAGUGGACCUUCUGAAACCCCACACUAUAACUUGGUCUUGAUCUAAUAAAUACCUUUGUAUGU